AUGACUUCUUGUGGCAAAGUAGAAAAUACAAUUUUAUGUGCAAGGGGUUGUGGUUUUUAUGGAACCUCAAGCAACCACAACCUUUGUUCUCAAUGUUACAAAGCUUUUCUUAAAGAAGAAGAAGCCAAGAAUAUCGCGGUUUUAUCUGAAAAGAUAUCAUCUCUUACUUUUCAUGAAGGUACAACGACUAAGAAUGUUGAUUCGACAAUGAGAAUUAAGCAAAGAUGCAUGACUUGCAAGAAGAAAGUAGGAUUAAUAGGGUUUAGUUGUCCAUGUAAAGGAAUGUUUUGUAGUCUUCAUAAGUAUCCUGAAGAACAUGCAUAUACUUUCGAUUACAAGUCUGCUGGUCGUGUGACUUUGGCUAAGGAAAAUCCUCCAUGUAGACAUGAUAAACUUGAGAAUAGGAUCUAA